AUGAACGAAACGUCCAGCCAGCCUGCUCGUGCUCGCGCGGACAGUAAUGCCGACGACAGCUUGCUUGUUGGGCGCUCGCAGCCACAUGCGAGCAGCUCGGACCCCCGUCAACGUCCAGCCAUCUCGAUAAACAGGCGCCUCCCGGAUGUCGCUUCGCCAGACCAUAGUGUUCAUCGCCCUCGCACGGCACCAAGGCAAGAUCUCGAUGCCUUUGAUGACGGCGGGCGUGGCGGACGGGCCGUAUCGUCGCGCAGAGAUCCGCGAGACGAUCGCGACCGGCUGCAUUACCUCGAUGGCGCAAGACUCGGCACCGCCGCAAGGCCAUCCGAUUCCGGCAGGGACAGGACGACUCGCGUAGAGAUCAACGACGACAUCGAUCGACGCAGGUCGGAUUGGAGCGCGGAGGCGCGCAGGGAGCAGCCACGAACCCGUUCGCCAUCCCCACCAGGGCGCGCCGGGAGAAGGCAUCGCGAGGAAGUCAACGACUCUGAACAGCGAUGGAGCCGAGCAACGCGAAGCACGCGCACGGAAGACGGCGGAUCGCAUCGAUCAGAUUUGAACGACAACAGGCAGGGUCCGUUGGAUCGGAGCUCAGAUGCCGACCGCGGCGGCGCCUCGUCGUAUCGCGAUCGUAGCCGGCGAGGCCCGGACGUGUCAGGCCGGCGGGAGCCCCGCGCACCCCUGGCACCACGGGGCAUCUACGACGACAGCGGACGACGACUCGACCGGGAGCCUAGGCCCGAUGGUGGCCGGCACCCUAGAGCGACGGACGAUGACCAGCCGCCUCCGCGAAAGAGGCUCCGCGAUCGCAGCGUGGACAGGGAGCCACCGCGCGAGCUAUCAGCAGAACGCACGUCAUGGACGCGUCCCGAUCUUGCCACUCCACAAAGACGGUCCGGAACGGCGCAGCAGGAGAGGGAUCGGUACAAGUUCUGCAGAGACGCAAGCCCGGGGGCUGAAACCGAGAGUGCUCGGCCGAUCUCGGGCUGGGACAGGCGUCGUCGUCAAGAUUCAGAGGUUCGAGAGCGCAUGCUAGUUGCGGGGAGGGAAGGCAGGGACCGGGACGAGGCGGAGCCGCGCGCUCGAUCGCCUCCCUUCGCUCAGACGCGCGGACCGGACACGGACACGGGCAGACCGGCCGCGAGUCAGUGGCGCCGCCACACGCCACCUCCCGUUCCUCGCGUGCCGAUGCCAAGUCGCUUCGACGAUGCUUCAUCGUCCUCUUCCUCACCGAGGCACUUUCCGGAACAUUAUCGGGCCUCUCGUCAGAGGACACCGCCCGGGCCUGCUGUGUCGUCGGCCAAGGGGCGCGAUGACGCCGACCGACGGAGUGGCGACGAUGCGCGGGCUCGCCUCGCCAAUGAUGAGGCAGGCCGCUUUCGCGGACCACAGCAAGAUCGUUGGUCCCAGGCGCGCAAACGCAGGGAAGACGACCGCGACAGCGACCUCGCUCCUUCGAGCAGGACCGCUCGUGUUCGCGAUCGAACGCCACCGACGAGGACCUACGGCCAGACAAGUCCUUCGAACGGCGAACGUUUCGACGGUACACCGAGCAAGCGGCGGCGAUCUCGGGCCGAGCAAUACGUCGCGGGCGCUCGCAGGACCCCAGAGCCGGCGGAUCCGGAUCGUGGCGAAACAGCGACGGCCCACAACAAUGAGACGCCGCUGCGCCCUUCUCGAUCGCGCGACGACGUGCCCAGGGCUGCGAUUCCGCCGCUGUCGCACCGCCGCCUCGCCCGCGAUGACAGGGAUGCAGACCGGCACCGCGACGGCCGUAGCUUUCGCCGGGAGCAUGAUCGCUACGAGCCCAGCCAGCGCGGGGACACGCGGGGAGCCGAUGACCGGCCGUCCCGCCGGAGCCGCUCGCCCAGCUACUCGGGUAGGGUCCUCAGCCGUAAGGAAGGCAGCUCCCUCGCCGCUUUUGGUCGUGACCGCGUCGGCACUUCCGCCGAAGACGCCAAUCAGACGGUGCAGACGGUCCGCGGCGGCGGCUGGAAGACCGUGCGGGCUCCGACCCGUUCUCCAGAAAAGACGAGUAGCGAGGCGGUCGAGAGGGCCAACGGCGCCGUACAGGCUGAAAAGGCUCCUCGCGAUCGCAACGGACGCUCCGAGGCGGCAUACCGGCAGCGCUCGGAUGACCCUCCGCGAGGGACUGGUGGCGACCCUUUCGUGCCAUUGUCGGGAUCGCAGGAGCGCUCGUGGCGGCGCUCAGACGAUAGGGCCAAUCCACGUACCGGCAGGGACUCGUGGAGUCGUCGAUCACCACCCGAGAGCGAUGCCACGAGAAGAGGUCUGAGGGACAGGGGCGGUCGCAUCGUCGACCGAGGCUGGCGGGGCGAAGCGGAAGGACGGAGGCCGCACGAUGAAAAGCCGCCGCGAAAGGCUUCUCCCGAGCCCGAGCCCGAGCCUGCCGUCCUCGCCCCGAUGCAGGCCGAGGCGGGCGAGGGCUACGUGAGGAUCAACCAGGUGGGCGAAGGCACGUACGGCCAGGUCUUCAAGGCCCGCUCGCAGCGCACGGGCGUGCUGGUGGCCCUCAAGAAGAUCCGGAUGGAGGCGGAAAAGGACGGUUUCCCCGUCACGGCGAUGCGGGAGAUCAAGCUGCUGCAAGCCCUCCGCCACGACAACAUUGUGCGCCUGCACGAAAUGAUGGUGGCGCGCUCGUCGGUGUACAUGGUGUUUGAGUACAUGGAGCACGACCUCAACGGCAUCCUGGCGCAUCCGCAGAUCCAGUUCUCGGCGGCCCACCUCAAGUCGCUCUCGUCGCAGCUGCUCCAAGGCCUCGCCUACCUUCACCACAAGUCGGUGCUGCACCGCGACCUCAAGGGGUCCAACAUCCUCCUCAACAACCAGGGCCUGCUGAAGCUGGCCGACUUUGGCCUGGCGCGCUUCUACCUCAAGCGGCAGAGGGGCGACUACACGAACCGCGUCGUCACGCUGUGGUACCGCCCUCCCGAGCUGCUGUUUGGCGCCACCCAGUACGGGCCCGAGGUCGACAUGUGGGGGGCCGGCUGCAUCUUUCUCGAGCUCUUCACGCGCAAGCCGGCGUUCCAGGGCAACACCGAGGUGCAUCAGCUGCAGGUCAUCAGUGACGCGCUGGGCCUGUUCUCGACGGAGAGGUGGCCGGCGGUGCAGGAGCUGCCGUGGUACGAGCUGGUCAAGCCGGUCGCCGCCUCUGCACACGCACAGUCUGCCGGCGAUGGGACCGCCGUGCCGGCCAACGCCGACCCUGCGGAACAAGGCCGUGUCUCGACUGAGGCUGGCAGCCUGCCGCAGCAGGCAGGACCGACGGCCAAUCACGCUUCGACGACUGAGCGCUCCGUCGAGGCCAUCUUUGAGGCCGCGUUUGGCGCUGCGUUGCCCGCCUCUGCGCUCGAGGUGGCGCGAGGCCUGCUAUCGUACGAUCCGCGACGCCGCGUCUGUGCGGCCGAGGCGCUCGAGAUGGCCUACUUUGGCGAGGCGCCGCGGGCCGAGAUGCCUGCGGGCCUGCUGUCGAGCCUCGAGGGCGAAUGGCACGAGUACGAGUCGCGGCGGGCGCGCAGGAAGGCGACGAAACAGGCGCACGACCGGGCGCAGGCGGACGCGCGCGCGGCCCAUGACCAGGCGCAGGACGUCGCCGCCGCCACCUCUCGCACAACGACAGGCGCCACCCGCUCUGAUCCUGCCCCGUGCGAUCAAGCAGUUCGUAUUGUCCCAGAGCGACGGCAUCGGUAG